CUUCAGUUUUCUGCUUAAUAACCUCACCAAAAAGCUCAAAUUUUAAGACACAUAUAAGUACAGUUCUUUUCCCCACCAUUCUUCCGUUUCACCUUCUCACUUCUAUUUUGAGCUCUAAACUAAAAGCAAAAAAAAAAAAAAAAAAAAAAAAAAAAAAAAAAAAAAGUCUUGAUGACUCACAAGUUUUUUCAGCUUUUGGGCUUCUUUUUUGCCAACAAGAAGUACAAUACAAGAUUUUGGCAUCUGGGUUUUCUCAAUUUCCCCUUUCUCCAAUUCUUAGAAUAGAAAAAUUAAAAAAAAAAAAGAAAAAAAAAUCUCAUGUUAUGGUAAUGGAGAUUGUGAUUUCUGUGAUACUUCUCUUUGUGGGCAUUGCUGUUUUGGUGGUGAUUCAUAUCUGUAUUGUUGGGAGGGCAUUUGGGAGAGGAAAUCAAGGUGCGAAUAACAACAACAACAACAACAACAUUCUUGGGAGUAACAAAAGAAUGUCUAGUGAGGACUUGAAGAUGAUUCCUUGCUUUGAUUACAAUAUGUCUGGAGAGAAAGAGUCUAGCUUUGUGGAUUGUGCAGUUUGUUUGGAGAAUUUCAAGGCUGGUGAUAAGUGCAGAUUAUUGCCUAGUUGUAACCACAGUUUUCACUCUCAAUGCAUAGAUUCAUGGCUGUUGAGGACUCCGGUUUGUCCGAUAUGUAGAACUUGCGCUAAGCCUGCAAAGAUUGGUGUCGUUUUGGGUGAAGAAGCUAGUGGGGUUUCACAAGAUUGUGGAAUUGAAUUGAUAUGAAAUUAUAAAUGAAAUAAAAC